UUACAAUACAGUCAUACUGAUUAAUCUUAAUAAGUCAAGUGCUCAAGUCAGUCGUGAGGGUAUAAUUAAAGCAAAGUUUCAACAUUUUCUUCAUGUAUAAUAAUUUUAUUUUGGUAUACAGCAGAUUUAGUAAUAGUGUCAUGUACAAACCAACACAUAAUAUUUCAUAUUGCUUUGUAUUUGCUGGAAAUUUUUCAAAACGGAAGUACAUCAAAACGGCAUCAACAUUAGUAGAAGAAGCUUGUUUAAAUACAAGUCAUCAUGUAGUUUGUGAUAACAUAGACUUAGAUACUAUUCUUAUAGAAUACGAAAAUUAUUAUUUUUUGCGUUAUCAGAAAAGACCACAAAUUAGUAAAUCGUUGGAUAUUGUUAAAUCUGAUAUUCAUAAUGUUACCAAGAAUAAAGCCAAAACUUUAAAAAAAUCGAAUACAAGUCAACAUUUGCAAGAUAUCCAAUCAAUAGAUCCAACUUUUUUUACAGUAACUCCUAUAAAUACUUGCAAUGAAUCUUUAGAGGAAGAAUACUGUUUGCCUUCUAUUGAUCUCAGCCAUUGGAAGGACGAGUGGCGUGUAUAUGCUGAAAUUAUAUCAAAAGAAAUUUUAGUCACUAAUCCAAAUGUGAAAUGGUCAGAUAUUAAAGGACUUACUACGCCUAAGAAGUUAUUAGAUGAGGCUAUCGUACUUCCAACAAAAUAUCCUGACUUAUUUACAGGACUUUGUACUCCGUGGUCGGCAAUGUUAUUUUAUGGUCCUCCUGGUACAGGAAAAACAUUGCUUGCUAAAGCAGUAGCGACUGAGUGUAAAACAACAUUUUUCAAUAUCACACCUAGUACACUUGUUGCUAAAUGGAGAGGAGAUUCUGAAAAGCUUAUUAAAGUAAUGUUUGAAAUGGCAGAGCAAAUGUCACCAAGUACAAUAUUUAUUGAUGAGUUAGAUACAAUUGCAUCAAAGCGUAUUGAUCAUGAAGCUUCUCGUAGACUAACAUCUGAAAUAUUAAUACAUAUGGAUGGUCUCUUGCGUUCAGAAAAACGAAUUUUUGUAUUGGCGACAUCGAAUCAUCCAUGGGAACUAGAUCCUGCGAUUUUUCGUCGUCUUGAAAAACGUAUUUUUGUCGACUUGCCGGAUGUCCAAGCUAGAAAAGAUAUGUUUAUAUACUAUCUAUCCGAAAUGUUACAAAAACACAAAUAUAUCAAAUGCGAUAUUGAUAGUGAUAGCCUUGCUCAAGAAACUAAUGGUUAUUCUGGUUCUGAUAUAAAACUUGUAUGUAAAGAAACAGCAAUGCAAGCUAUGCGUUCAAUAUUUCAAGUUUUAGAAAAGAAACCAGGCAACAAUAUCAAAUUCACAAUAACGAAUAAAGACGUCAACAAUGCAAUUUCAAAAACUAAACCAUCAACAAGUGAGGCAGAUAAUAAUAGAUAUAAAAUUUGGCAAUCACAAUAUGCAUCAUGUUAAUUUAAAUAAUUAUAUCAUUUAACUCAAAGUUGGUACCUACUAGAAUAUGAUGAUUUUUUUUAAAUAUCUCUACAUAAUAUGUACCUACAUGACUAAAUAAGAUAUGUACCUAUGAUCACAUAUUUACUGAUAUGGACAUUCAUUUCCUCUUCAGUCUUCAAGAACCAAUCUAGAUAUUACUCAGUUCUCGGCUUCUCAUUGGCUCAAUACUAAAUUAUUUUUGAUUUUUA